UGUGCCUUUUUUUUUUGUUUCGUUUCUCUCCCUCCUUCUCAUUCUCUCUACUUCAACUUCUCUCUCUCUCUCUCCUUCUUUCUUUCAACUCCAUUCUCCACACACUCACAACUUUCAGAUGGCUUUAACCAGCACCAAAAACAACCCGCUGUAAAUUCGAUUCGAACAAAUGCACGGAAUUCCCACAAUAUCAUCGGGCACGUGAUUGACACACAACCAAUCGAUGGCGACGACGGGGUGUUCCCCCGUUCGGUCCGCAAUGGCGAGUGAAGAGGAAGCUGAAUUGUGUGUGUCACGUCCGCUCUCCUCCUCUGAAGACUUAUUCCACAUCUAUGACAACUACAUCCGCCAUGUACAACGCAAUAUUCAAGAGCAACAGGAGGAAGGCACUCACUGUUUCUUACUGGUGCAGUGCCACACAGGAACUAAUGCCAAUGUGCAACACACAAAGAAGAAGCAGGUACAACUUGUUGCACAUGCUUGCAUCUUUGACAAUUUCUGCUUCAAAUUUUUUGAUAUUGUCAGCUUUGAUGAGAAGGCAGCAAAAUAUGUUUUAGAUGUGAAAGACUUUGAUGAAGAAACUGUCCUCAUUGCCCUAACAUUCCUCUAUACAGGAGUUGUGAAAUGCUCCAGCAAGCUGCUUCUUGACCUCAAGCGCUUAGCUCGUUAUCUCGGUCUCGAGGAAGUGAUCAGUAUCUGUAAUAAAUUGAUUCGGGAACAGAAGGCUUUUAUCACUGACAAGGAGAAACCAAAAAUUGAUUGUGAUAGAGAGCCCUACAUACAAGAAGUGUCCCCUGAAGCCGUCCUCAGUUCCAAGUCAUUGAGAAAUCUCUCCACACUCAAGUCUGAGCUUCUUCAUAAAGAUUCUCCACUCACAACUUCAAAGAAAACUAAAGAGACAGGAAGGAACAAUAAAUCAAAUUCCUCUUUUGGUGGAGAGGUUUAUCACAAAUACGAAGGAUACAUCAAGCGGUUGUGGGAUGGCUUGUGUCUUCAACAAAGGCAAAAUCGAUUCUGUAACCUAAUUCUUCAGUUUGAAGCUGGUUAUCCCAAUCUCUAUAUUCAUACGACAAUCUUUUCCAUUUUCUGUUCUCAUUUUGCUGAUCUUGCCAAAUUUGAAGAAGUGUCAGGGAAAUAUUAUAUUAAUCUCUGUGGCUAUUCCUAUGACACAACAGUAAUCUUGGUUGGAUUCCUUUAUACAGGAAUCCUGAAAUGUCCCCGCAAACUGGUUUCAGAACUUCAAGAGCUUUCCCAUCAUCUGGGGGUCAAAGAAAUCAGUAUCGUCUGUGAAGACUAUCUAAAAUCAUCAGAAUUAUUAUCAUCACACUCAUUUUCUUUCCCAUCUUCAGUUCCAUUACCAAAUUCAUCUUCAAAGAACUCAGAAGCCGAAGCACCAAGCAAGGCUAAAGUUGCAAAGAUUUCAACACAAAAUUCCUCCAAUUAUAACAACAAUUCGUCUCUCUCUCUUUCCGAUUAUAUCAACAACUAUCUUUGGGUAAUCAUGGGACUGCACCAGGAGAAUGUUGUAUCAUCUUCAUCGUCACCAAGUCUAGAUUGCAACUCUGCUUUCUCUGCAGACUCCAAUAAUUCUGGAUCUGCUUCCAGUGUUAGUAAUCUAUCCUUUGCAACAGAGUCUGGCUCUUCAAACGAAUCGAGAAAUUACAAAUUCCCAACCCUAAGUAAUUACCUGCAGCAAUCAAGUGUGGAAUAUGGCCAGAAUUCCAAGGUUUUUUCUAUCCUUGCCAAAACAAAGAAACAAGCUGAGACUGUUCUGCAUCCGUUGCCGUCCCUUCAACACCUUUCAAGCAGUAAUGAUUCCAACAGCAGCAGCAACAGCAGUAAAGACAGUGGGAAAAAAAAUUCACUGAUGAAAGUGAAACUAAGGCCGUCAAAAACUGAUGCUUGUCUUCAGGAUCGCAAAAAGAUUUACCGAGAUGUUAUUUAUGUGAAUAAAGAUGGGAGUCAGGUUAAAGGUAAGAAAGUGGCUUGUUACGAAGACUCACUGCCUUUACCAAAGCGCAAAGCUGCCCGUCCACAGAAAGUCCCAAAAAACAGUGUCGAGAUCGAUUUGGAUGAAAUAGGAAUUGUCUCAGCAGACACAUUUGAUGGAGGAUAUCGACGCAAGCGACGAGCUGUACAGUGUCCUAAAUGUCCAAGAUCUUUUGCUGAUGAAAAAGCUCUUUUAAAACACUUAAAUUCGCAUGAACAAGGUGUAAUUCAUAAAUGUCAUGUUUGUGGCAUGAAUUAUGCCCGCUUAUGUGAUUACACUCGCCACAUCCGGGUACAUACAGCAGAGAAUCAGUACACCUGCAGCUACUGCAAUAAAGUCUCUCAGACACAACGUGAUUUCAUAGAACAUAACAAGAGUGAGCACCAGGACAAUCGUCCAUUUAAAUGCGAUGCUUCAGGGUGUACUUUCCAAGCAGCCAAACUGGCCUACCUCACAGACCACCGUCACAUUCACAGUGAUGUGAAAGGUUUCAUCUGUAAUAAAUGUGGCCGUACUUUUUCUCAGGCUGGUGGACUGCACAGCCACAUAAAGAGCUGUUAUCAAAUGCAAGGUUACUUGUGUGAUCUUUGUGGUCAGACUUUCAACCACUUGGGUUCAAUGAAAUCCCACAGACGUAUACACCUCGGUGAGAAACCUCAUGCUUGUUCUGAUUGUGGUGCAAGAUUUAGUGACCACCGAAAUCUGCGACGACACAAGCGAAUCCAUGAAAAUUCCUUCCCAUAUCCAUGUACUCACUGUGACAAACGUUUCCGUCAUUCAAACUCUUUAAAAGCCCAUCUACGUCACCAUGGUGUCAAUGUGGGUGGCACCAGUGUAACUGUCCUUAUACAAGGAAAUGAAUGCAAUUACCUUGACCCUGAAGAAUUCCCUAUGUGUCCCUCACCUGCAAGUUCAGAAUUUCAAGACUUGGCAGAAAUUAAUUAACACCAUUUUGGAAUUGGUGUAUCUGAUGUAGUAAUUGUUUAUUUUGGUGAAAGCUAUUGUUUCUAAAUCUGUGUCGUUUCUAAUGUGAAAAUUGUUGACCCUUUUUCAUCUUCUACAUUUUAUGGUUUGGUUAGCAACAGUGGUCAGUGGCACAGUUACUGGCAGGAAAUAUUUCUGAAGACAGCCAUCAGGAAUGAGAUUCACAUCCAGCUUUCAUCUGAUCUUCAAAUCAGCUUACUACAACAACACAUACUCAUAUACAAAUAUCUAUAUAAACACACACACACACAUGCACACAUGCACACACAAAAACACAAGAUAUGUACACACACAAUUAUAAGAGCAAUUUAAGAAGCUGGUUUUUGAGAGGAGCUUACUUCAAAGAUCUUCAAACCAUUUGGUUCCUGUAAGAAAUGAAAAAAAAGUUAAUUAGAAUUUCUGGGGGGUUUUUUUCCAUCCAUCUUUUCAAGCCUGACCAC